CAUUUUUGUCUAAAACCAAGUUGUAUCCGGUAUCAUGAAGUUAUUGAUUUUCGCUAUAUUUUUAAUAGGAUUUCCUACUGAAAUAUGGUCAGCCAAAAUCAGUAAGAGCCAUGGAGAUACGGAUGCCGAUGAAGUUGACGCCGCGCCUAUCAGUAAAGCCGACUCCAAAGGCACAUCCGAAAAGCGGCAAUUUAGCGGAGGCAGCUUUAGCAGUUUUGGUGGUGGUCUCGGUGGUGGGGGAUUUAGUGGCGGCGGUUUCAGCAGCGGUGUCGGUGGCAUCGGCAAUGUCGGUGUGAACCGUUUCGGUACCGUUAACGGCAUCGGGGGCGGUCUCCGAUCGGGUGGUAUUGUUACCAAUACAGGACUGGGCGGUGGCUUUCGGUCCGGUGGCAUCAUUACCGGCCCCGGUGCUGGGCUUGUCAGUGGUGUCAAUUCCAAUUUCGUUGAUCAACAGCCCAUUAAUAAUAACAUAAUGAAUGGUAAUGGGCAGGGUGCUGCCUCGGUUUCAAACGGGAACUCCGUUAAUAUGGAUAACAAUGUGGAAAGUGGGAAAAACGCCGGUAGCAGCGGUCUUAAAAACAAGGUGGCGGUAGCCCAAAAACCAGCCAACGAUGAUGACUCCGAUGAUCAAGCAGACAGUUCACAAGCCGGAAACAGUGGCCAGAGUGCCGCUAGCCUGCCAAAAGCGUCGGCUAUCCAAGCGAGCGGUAUCGCGCAAUCAGCCGGCUCCGCUUCCAGCGGCAAUAAACAAUCUUCUACUUCGGGAUCGAGCGGCAAUGCAGGAAGCGGGCAGUCGGGAUACGGAAACCAACCUGUAGCCGAAACCCGCAGCGGUGGUGGUUAUGGCGGAAACGGUGGGGGCGGUUACGGAGGCGGUAACAAUGGAGGUGGAGGAUAUGGAGGCGGUAAUAACGGCGGUGGUUAUGGCGGCGGUAACGGUGGUGGCUUUUAUGGAGGCGGUGGCGGCGGAUAUGGCGGUGGAGGAUAUGGAAGUGAUUGUGGCAUGUCCCUUAUUGACAUAUAUACAGGAUGCAGUCCAUGGAUGAGAAAUUUCUAUUAUGGUAUGGCGCGUGCUCUUGAUGGGCCGAACGGUAUGGGAGGAGGAAUGGAUAUGGGUGGUGGAUUUGGAGGUGACUUCGGUGGCGGCUUUGGCGGUGGUGGAUUCGGUGGUGGCAGCUUUGGUGGUGGUUUUGGCGGUCUGGGCGGGUUCGGUGGUGGCGGUUUCAGUGGUGGUGGCUUUGGUGGUAUUGGAGGAUUCGGAGGCGGAAGCUUCUCCUCGGGUGGAUUUGGUGGAUUUGGCCGUCGCCGCUGAAUAUCAGUCGAAAUACUUUUUUGAACGAAAAUUAAACCAAAGUUGUUUUGUUGUUAUUCUUUCUUGUUUCGAAGCGUGUUUUUACUGACCUACAUGUUUAACCGUUGUUUCGCUAGCGCCAUGCUGCCACGACCUUUCAGUUUUGUUACUUGAUACUGUUUUUGUGUUCGGAAAAAAAUUAUAUAGACUUGA